CUUCUCCGGAGCUGAGCGACGGCAGCAUGUCCGGCAGAGGCAAGGGCGGGAAGGGGCUCGGCAAGGGGGGCGCCAAGCGGCACCGCAAGGUGCUGCGCGACAACAUCCAGGGCAUCACCAAGCCGGCCAUCCGCCGCCUGGCUCGGCGCGGCGGCGUGAAGCGCAUCUCGGGGCUCAUCUACGAGGAGACGCGCGGCGUGCUGAAGGUCUUCCUGGAGAACGUGAUCCGCGACGCCGUCACCUACACGGAGCACGCCAAGAGGAAGACGGUCACGGCCAUGGACGUGGUCUACGCCCUCAAGCGCCAGGGACGAAGAGCGCCGAGUGCAAGGCGGAGGGAGGGUGAGGGCGCGAUGGCGCGCACGAAGCAGACGGCGCGUAAGUCGACGGGCGGGAAGGCGCCCCGCAAGCAGCUGGCCACCAAGGCGGCCCGCAAGAGCGCGCCGGCCACGGGCGGCGUGAAGAAGCCGCACCGCUACCGGCCCGGCACGGUGGCGCUGCGCGAGAUCCGGCGCUACCAGAAGUCGACGGAGCUGCUGAUCCGCAAGCUGCCCUUCCAGCGCCUGGUGCGGGAGAUCGCGCAGGACUUCAAGACCGACCUGCGCUUCCAGAGCUCGGCCGUGAUGGCGCUGCAGGAGGCGAGCGAGGCCUACCUGGUGGGGCUCUUCGAGGACACCAACCUCUGCGCCAUCCACGCCAACAUGUCCGGCAGAGGCAAGGGCGGGAAGGGGCUCGGCAAGGGGGGCGCCAAGCGGCACCGCAAGGUGCUGCGUGACAACAUCCAGGGCAUCACCAAGCCGGCCAUCCGCCGCCUGGCUCGGCGCGGCGGCGUGAAGCGCAUCUCGGGGCUCAUCUACGAGGAGACGCGUGGCGUGCUGAAGGUCUUCCUGGAGAACGUGAUCCGCGACGCCGUCACCUACACGGAGCACGCCAAGAGGAAGACGGUCACGGCCAUGGACGUGGUCUACGCCCUCAAGCGCCAGGGACGCACCCUCUACGGCUUCGGCGGCUGAACGCCUCUUCGCUCCCCGACCGACCACCUCGAGAACCCAAAGGCUCUUUUAAGAGCCACCCACUUUUUCCUUUAAAAGAGCCUUGUCGCGUUGCUCAGCUUUCCCGA